GAGCUCCCAGCCGCCAUAGCAACCUCCAGAACCCCCUUUGGUCACCACCUCCCUCGCAGCCUACUCACCAUAGAUCACUAUCACCCUCCUGCUCCAUCAAAUCUCCAUCAUCCUCACGACAACCACCAGACCACCUCCCUCGCAGCCUACUCACCAUAGAUCACUAUAACCCUCCUGCUCCAUCAAAUCUCCAUCAUCCUCAUCUCCGCCGCCAGUGACCUCCACGGCCAGCUACCCCUUCACUGCCAUGGUCCUCUCGCUCCCCCCGCGGACUCACCGUAGAUCCUACAGUCUUCCGGUCACUCAAGAUGAACUACAGAGUGUUAUAACAACCUAUUGGGAUGAGAUUGAAUCUGGACCUGAGCUUGGACCUGGCUCUCCCUCUACACAUUCUCUGAAUAUUGAGAUUCAAGAAAUAGGAGACUCCCCUCCGACUCGUACUUCCGAAACGGAGAUUCAAGAAGUAGGAGACUCUCCUCCGACUCGUACCUCAGAAACAGAGAUACCAGACUCUCCCCCUACCCAUACCUUAAAUAAAGAGGUAACUCUCCUAUUCUCACUCCAAUAG